AUGCUGGGAUCAUCGAGGUUUCUUGUUCGAGCGUUGGAAGCUGUGUUUGCUGAGAAGGAGAUAUCUAAACAUGCCGAUUCUCAUUUAAAUACCACAAUUAAGGACUAUUUUGCCAAGCACAACAACUUCACUACAAUAAAGCAAAGCAGUUACAAUAUCCAUGAGGAACUUUACCGAUUAUACAACGGAUAUGUCAAACCAUCUCAUCAGUUGGAGCAGGAAAACAAAUUUCUUGGAGUAUUAACUCAACUCUGUGAUGUUUUUAAUGAAUUGGAAAUGAAUUUGUGGAUUCUGACGUAUUUGAAAUCAGCAAUUGAUAGUGCUGCCUACGAUAUAAAUUUUGUCACCAAUUCAAGGAAGUUUAUUGAAAAAGCUUUAACGAGCUAUUCAUCGACAGAAUGUGACCGUCUUAAUGAUUUACAUGCACGGAUUUCAUCAUCUUUAGCACAGCUAUUAAUGGAUAUCUACUUAAACGAAGAGACUCUAAGAGAGAAAUUAAAGUUGAAUAUGACAAAGGAGCAAAACGAAAGUCAAGCAUAUCACGAAAGAAUACGAUUUAUUCGGUCAAAUUGUAGUAAAUUACUAUUGGAUUACGGGUUAAAACAUACAACUGAAUACUGCAAUCUUUUGAACCAGUAUUUGCAAAAUGUCGAUUUUCGACUUGAGAUUCUUGUAUUGUUAGGAUACUUUGUGGGUAAGGACAUCAACGAUGCAUCUCGCAUUGUUGAAAAUGGAUUAUUUCAGAGUUUGUUGAAAUGUAUCCUUUUUGACUUGGACCCAACUAUAAUUCAUUGUGCUUUGAAUGAUUUAUUUAUAUUGAUGCCAAAGGCUGCCACUGUAUUGGGAAAUCACUUGUCGGAUCUCUUCUUGGUAUAUAUCAGGAUCACAAACUGGGAUGAAACGCCACAAGCGUCACCUGCUGCAACAAGUCUUGCAGAUAUAUUUGCCCUGGAUUUGGGAUCGUGGAAAGUUGCGUCACAUAAAUCCACCGAGACUGAUAUCGAAGUGGCAUUCAAUUAUCAAUAUUUGUGCACUUUAUUUUAUGGUUUGUUUUAUUUCAAUUUUGCCGCUUUUAUUUACGAUCCCCUAGACUAUGUGACUAAUCAUACGCCAUUACUUAUAUCCCUUAAGUCGUUAAAGCAGUUAAACUCAUCCUCAUCAGGCAAAAUAUCUCCAAUCCUGAGAGCUAUGACAAUUACAAAGUCCCUCAUACGGGCAUUUCUCGUACAUCCUAAAUACUGGAUGACAAAUGACCUAGCAGAUGAGUUGAUACACCCGGCUAAUUGGCUACCGAGCAAUGCACCUCUGGAAGAAAUUGCCGUGGCUUGUUUAAUCUUGAAUCCAAGUAUCUUUUCCAUGAGAAAUGACGAAGCAAACACAUCUACACCUAGUUUCAAUGCUGCCUCAACUGUUGGUGAUGCCCUAUCGAGAUCAUCGUCAUUGGCUGGUCCAAUGUAUUUUCAAGCGAAUGGCCCAACUAAACAGCUUUUAAAGUCUCGACUUUUACAGCAUAGGAAAUUGUCAAUUACACCAGCGCAUUUAGUUUCAGAUAACAACACUGUCUCACAUGGUCAAGAAGAUGAGGUGAAGUUCAAAGAGUUUGGGUUUUCGGGUGGUCAGGAUCAGCCGGUAUCUGAUACAUCUGGUCCCACUAGUCCAUCCUCCUCCAAACAAGAGCGUCAUGAGCCUGCUGAUGAUUUGUUAUAUGACCACGAGAGACUCUUCACUACCGUGAAGCAUAACAAAUUGUAUCAUCAAAAUAGUGCAGUUGGUGGGCAUGGUGUUCUUGACCCCUUAACGACAGUUUCUGACCCAUCAAAUGAAAAGACGAAGCAGAAAAUGAGAUUAGGUAGACCAAUGUCGUCGCCAACGACAAACUUGGAAACUUCAAGUGUGUUCAAAGACAAUAGUACGGCGACAACGAUAGGCUCAAGUGGUGACACCAAUACUUUGCAUAGCUCAACCAAUGUUCCUUCGCAAUUUAGUUUGAAUGAAUUGAAUGGGAGUGGAACGAUAAUUGAUUUUUAUCAACGGGAACUAUUAUUGUUCAAGAAUGAAUUGGAAUUUUCUAGUUAUAUGACAAAUUUAAACAAGUUUCAUUAUUUAAAGACGAAAAACGAAAUUAGUGAAGGUAGUGGUGGUGUGAGUGGUAAUUCCUUACUUCAGGAAGAAGCAAGUGAACUUUCCAGGGCAAUUAAUGGUCUUAAAGAUGAGUGGGGUGCCAAACAACAAGAGUAUCAUUGUCAAUACGAUUUUCUAACUACCAAAAUUGAACAACUUGAAAUGGAAAAGAACAAGCUCAGUGAGCAAUUGUCAGAAUUACGUCAGUCAACAGAAUCAAGCAGUAAAGACUAUGAUGAGUUGGUUAAAAAUACAAUUCCUAAUAAGAAUUAUGAGAUUGAGCAGUUGAAGUUAAAAUUAAACACUAGUGACCAGCAACUCCAAGAGCAACAAAGGAAUACCAUUGAUAAUGAAGCUGAUACCAGCUUUUUCCCUAGUAAAGAAUUAAAGUCAACUCAAAAGUCAUUAGAAGACCAAAUAUAUAAUUACAAAAUGGAGAAUCAAGUGUUUAAUCAACAAAUUGGUCAAUUAGAACAAGAAAAUAAGGAUUUACAAAUACGUUAUAACUCCAUAAUAGCACAAUACGAAACUAAAUUGGAAAAGGCAAAAUUAUCGCUUUCUGAAACUUUGACAUCAUUGACCGAUCCGUAUGAGAAGAAAAUCACCGAAUUGCAAGCAGUGAUUCACAAAUACCAAACAUUACUAGAAGAGCAAACACGCAAUAAGAUGGUACCAGCACCUUCCAGUGGCACUGUACCUAUUCCUAUAAUACGCCAAAACAGUUCAAGCAGUUCUGACAACUACUCCUAUGGCCAUGAUGGGAACAAUAAUGGUAACACUAUACCAUCACGUUCAGUUGCGCCGAUACAGCAUAUGGUACGAAAUGGCAGCAGUAGUAAUAGUGGUAAGGCUGGGAAUGGCUCCAACAACCCUACUGGUGGUGACAGUUUACCAUUAAUGAGAGGUCGUGGUGGAUUGCAAAAGAGAACCCGAAAGCUUAUGUGA